AUGGGCAAGAUCGAGAGCAACGAGAGGGUGAUCCUCAAUGUCGGGGGCACCCGGCACGAAACCUACCGCAGCACCCUCAAGACCCUGCCCGGGACGCGCCUGGCCCUGCUCGCCGCCUCCGAGCCCCAGGGCGACCCGCUGCCGCCGCAGCCCCCUGCGCGCUCGCCGCCGCCGCGGCCGCCCCCGCGGUCCCCCGGGCCGGGCGGCUGCCUGGAGGGCGGCGCGCGCAACUGCAGCGCCCGCGGCGGCGACCACCCCGCCGGGGGCGGCCGCGAGUUCUUCUUCGACCGGCACCCGGGCGUCUUCGCCUACGUGCUCAACUACUACCGCACCGGCAAGCUGCACUGCCCGGCCGACGUGUGCGGGCCGCUCUUCGAGGAGGAGCUGGCCUUCUGGGGCAUCGACGAGACCGACGUGGAGCCCUGCUGCUGGAUGACCUACCGGCAGCACCGCGACGCCGAGGAGGCGCUCGACAUCUUCGAGGCCCCCGACCUCCUCGGCGGCGACCCCGGCGACGACGAGGACCUGGCGGCCAAGAGGCUGGGCAUCGAGGACGCCGCGGGCCUGGGGGGCCCAGACGGCAAGUCCGGCCGCUGGAGGAGGCUGCAGCCCCGCAUGUGGGCUCUCUUCGAGGACCCCUACUCGUCCAGAGCCGCCCGGUUUAUUGCUUUUGCUUCUUUAUUCUUCAUCCUGGUUUCAAUCACAACCUUUUGCCUGGAGACACACGAAGCUUUCAAUAUUGUCAAAAACAAGACAGAAUCAGUCACCAAUGGCACCAGUGUGGUUCCACAGUAUGAAAUUGAAACAGAUCCUGCCUUGACGUAUGUAGAAGGAGUAUGUGUGGUAUGGUUUACUUUUGAAUUUUUAGUCCGUAUUGUUUUCUCCCCCAAUAAACUUGAAUUCGUCAAAAACCUCUUGAAUAUCAUUGACUUUGUGGCCAUCCUACCCUUCUACUUAGAGGUGGGCCUCAGCGGGCUCUCAUCUAAAGCUGCUAAAGAUGUACUUGGCUUCCUCAGAGUGGUCAGAUUUGUGAGGAUCUUGAGGAUCUUCAAGCUCACCCGCCAUUUUGUAGGUUUGAGGGUGCUUGGACACACUCUUCGAGCGAGUACAAAUGAAUUUUUGCUGCUCAUAAUCUUCCUGGCUCUAGGAGUUUUGAUAUUUGCUACUAUGAUCUACUAUGCGGAGAGAGUGGGUGCCCAGCCCAACGACCCUUCAGCUAGUGAGCACACGCAGUUCAAAAACAUCCCCAUUGGGUUCUGGUGGGCUGUAGUGACCAUGACUACCUUGGGCUAUGGAGAUAUGUACCCCCAAACGUGGUCGGGGAUGCUGGUGGGAGCCCUGUGUGCUCUGGCUGGAGUACUGACAAUAGCCAUGCCAGUGCCUGUCAUUGUCAACAACUUCGGAAUGUACUACUCCUUGGCAAUGGCGAAGCAGAAGCUUCCAAGAAAAAGAAAGAAGCACAUCCCUCCUGCUCCUCAGGCAAGCUCGCCUACUUUUUGCAAGACAGAAUUAAACAUGGCCUGCAACAGCAAACAGGGUGACACGUGUCUGGGCAAAGACAAUCGGCUUCUGGAACAUAACAGAUCAGUGUUAUCAGGUGACGACAGUGCAGGAAGUGAGCCGCCAUUAUCACCCCCAGAAAGGCUCCCCAUCAGGCGCUCUAGUACCAGAGACAGACACAGAAGAGGGGAAACAUGUUUCCUGCUGACGGCAGGUGAUUACACGUGCACUUCUGAUGGAGGGAUCAGGAAAGAUAACUGCAAAGAGAUUGUCAUUACUGGUUACACGCAAGCCGAGGCCAGAUCUCUUACUUAA